AUCAGAGCAAGGCUGCACGUAUCUAUAUAUACUUAACUGAUAACGACUUAAGUUCGAUUAUGUAGUGCUUAUUCUGCCGACCGCCCAUUCACCUGCCUGUAAUUGCGACCUUCGAGUCUUCGAACUUUUGCAUAUACAGAGUUCACAACACUCGUUGGCGGAUAUUGCAUAUAGGACAAGCUGUUGCCCUUGACAAUUUGGGACCGUUACUCCUACUUCCGCGCCUCACCGGCAGCAGCCGGGGCUGUGAGCGAUGGGCUGUGGCUCAAGCAAAGGCGCUGCAGAGGUUACACCAACUGCGCUGCGAGAAUUAGAGCCUGAACCAGGGACGGAGUUUACGCCAGAGAACAAGCCACGGCAACCAGAGCAAUCAGAUGAUCAAGUCAAGGUGAAAGAGUCGAGGGAAGUAGCCAAGCGUGUUGACAAUAUCGUGAAGUCAUCAGGCGUCAGUGCCUUUGAUGAUGAUGGAGACGCUAAACAGGAUACAACGGCGACGCCGGUGGUUGUCAGGGCUGUCGCUGCACAGCCACCCCCUCCCUCAACACCCCCCGUCAGCGCCUAUAAAUCCCCCGCGGAGAAGUCGCAAUCAAUGCGAAACAACUUCAUCACGCAACCGCCGGGCCCAACAGCAGAGGAGGCCCUUGACUCGCCCUACUUCCCCGAACAGGUAACACUUGACGUUGGGAGCUGUUCCGGCGGCGCUGUCCCCAGCCCAACUCAGCCCCUGGCGCUCGUGCCAAGCGCCUCCAGCAGAACCCCCUCCAGCAGAAACCCGCUCCCCGCGCCCCUCACCGUGGAGCCCCAGCAGCGGCCCCAACCCGAUGAUGACUCGACCUCCGGCGCCACCGCCCUCCAGCCCUCUACCUCCCUGCAGCCCGCCACCUCCCUCCAGCCCUUCGAGGCCCCCCCGGAGUCCGCAUCCACCUCACCCAUGCCCACCGCCUCCUCCGCGCGGCACCAACACGCGUUGCAGCCCCUGCCCGAGUCCCCACAGCUGCCGCAGCAGCUCCCGGACCCCCGACCCCCACCACCCCUGCCCCAGCAGCCAACACAGUCCAGACCGCACUCCGGGCGGCAGGGCCCAGCGCUGCUGCCGCCGCCGGCUGCUGCACAGGAGGAGGCUGCUGCGGCGGCCCAGGCUGCUGCUGCACCUCCCCCGCCUGCUGCUGAUGACCCCUGGUCCAGCCUGCAGAGCCAGUACCGCAUCCGGCAGCAGUCGGGCAUAGAAGCUGAGCCCGGGCGCCCAGGUGGCGGCGGCGGAGGAGGCGGUAGUGGUGGUGGCGGCAUCAGGGGCUCGGCGCGCGGUCGCGGAGGAGCCCUCCGCGGCAUCGCGGAGAGCAGCGGGGAGAUGCUGGUGCUGGGCGCAGAUGAUGAUGACUUUUACAGCGGCGGCGGGGUUGGUCGUGGAGGCGGCGGCGGCAGUGUUAGCAUGGGGCUUAACAGUACGGGCCGCUCCGGAGGGCGCGGCGCGGGGCCGCUGACGAAGCCCGGGUCGCAGCCUAAGAAGGGCGGCUGGGGCACCGGGCAGAUGGCUCGGGCAGGGGAGUUGAUGCUUGGGGAAGACGACUGGUUGGAGACGGAUCGGCCGCCCCCGGGUGUCGGCGCGGGUGCUGCGGCUCAGCAGCAGGGCGGGUUCAAGGCUGGGUCGUACGGCGGCGGAGGAUACGGCGGUGGCGGUGGAGGCGAGGAUGCUGGCAAUGAAGAGGAUGAUGAGGUGCCGGCGCCGCAGCUAGUCAAGAAGCAGGGGGCCAAGGACGACGUGCAGUUCGAGGACAUUGAGGACGUGGACACGCUGCUGGAGGAUGAGCUGGAGCAGAAGCAGGGCAUCAGCAACAAGGACCUGGCGUCCAAGCUGGCAGCCUACGAGGCGCAGUUCGGGGAUGACGAUGACCAGGACGCGCCGCCGCCCAGAAAGGGCCCCAAGGCGCCGGCUGGCGGGCCUCGCACCUGGACCCAUUGACAUGUCUGCGCCGUGGUUGGAGGCGGGCAUGUCUGUCCUGCCCGUAUUUUUUUCGUUAUGUUUGUCACUGUGCAUGCGUAGAUAGACGUCUGCAUGGAGCACAUGGGGUAAUGCUGAUGAUGUUGGAGCCGUACACGGUGUGUUGCUGUACAUUUUUGGAGAUGCGUACGACAGCGAUGACAGGGCUAGGGUCUGGCGCAGAGCCCCAGCUGGUCGGGUCGGUGGCUGUAAAGUGAUUGAGGCUAGGUGCGGUACAGGCCGGACGUGAACGACUGGUGUGAUGGCCGGAGCGUUACGGAGCGUUGCUGUGGGGUCUUCAGGAGAUGGGGGAGCGAUAGGCUCGGCAGGGGAUGCAUGGGAGCAGUGGGGGGAGUGGGGGCAGGCGAAGCUCGGAUGAAAGUGGUGGUGGUGGUACUGGUUGCAUCCAAGGCGGGUGCGCUCUCAUGUGUCCUGCGCGUGUGCCUAUGGAAUGGUAGCGACCAGCGGAGGAGAGGGACUGUACGCGCCUCGGAAGGUAGAUGUUUUGAGUUGUUAUUCGGAAGCGCGGUAGGUGUACGGAAAUUUAGGCGCUCCGGUGUUGCCAGGUCUGGAUAGCUCAUGGCAUGGCAGGUCGGCGAGGGAGGAGUCGCGAGAGGAACAUAAAGGGCAUAUGAGGGGUGGCUGGUGGCUUGCAUGUGAGUUUGCGCCACUCUAUAUGGCGAUACCUGUGGUCAUGUGUGGCGAUCCGCGCAUUGUGCGAACCCGACUCGCGUGCAUUGCUGAUGACGGCUUUGGUCCGCUGUAGCAAGACGACUGCCGUGUACGGCAACCAUCGAAGGGGCUGUGCUAGUUUCUCUUGAGGACGUGGGCCCAAAACGGGCCUACGCAAGUAAAGCGGCAAUGUGCAUGCGGCGAUGGCUGGUAAGUAUAAUAUGUAUGGCAGGUCUAUGUUGGUUGUGUGUUUUGCCUGAAUUGUACAUAUACUAGGGGCUGUGUCUGUCUUCUCUUCGUUUGAGGUUUAUGUGCUGGAAGCAGAGAAGGCAUCAGCACAACCUGACAUGUAGUCGGUAGGUAGGUAGGUGUAUCGUCCUCGGCCGGAAUGCCAUUGGCGUAUAGGUAAUUGACCGCUGCUGAGAUCGUGCUUUUACGUAGCGAGCGAGCAAUUGAUUCUUAUGACGUGACGUUUGUUUUUUGCGUCGAUGCUGUUGUACCCUACUUCUUGGCCGGGUCCGGGCCUGACACGUCGGAUCAACCGUUCUCGCGAAAAACACGAAGCACACGAACAAUCGACUGUAAAUAGUAUUUGAGCUCCCUACUGUCUUUGUAUUCUUGGUGUAUCUAUAUUACACAAUAGGCGGGGAAGCUGUCUGGCAUUGCAAGCACCGAACCAACAGUUGUCGACGGCAAGUUCUGACAGCAGCUAUGGCGCGCAAGAAGAUCCGGGAAUAUGACGCAAAGCGCCUUCUUAAGGCGCACAUGAAGCGCCUUGCUGGCAUUGACCUGCCCAUUCAGGUCGUUCAAUUUACAGCGGCUACAAACCCGUCGGACUUGCUUAACGCCAACCCAUGGAUGGCUAGCACCCGACUUGUGGUCAAGCCAGAUAUGCUCUUCGGCCAACGCGGAAAGCAUGACCUCGUCGGACUUAACCUUGACUUUAACCAGGCCAUCGAGUUUGCUAAGCAGCGCCUGGGCCGCGUUGUGACGGUCAGCGGCUGCAGCGGCCCCAUCACCACCUUCCUCAUCGAGCCCUUCGUGCCGCACAGCUCCGAGUUCUAUCUGUCCAUCACCUCCACCCGCAGCGGCUGGGAGGUGGCGUUCAGCGAGGCGGGCGGCAUCCACAUCGAGGAGAACUGGGACAAGCUGCGCACCGUGGUUCUGGACACCUCCGACGGCCCGCUGGACGGCCCCCGCGCCGCCCCCCUGCUCGCCUCGCAGCCCCUGGAGCUGCGCCCCUGCCUGGAGCGCUUCCUGACGGCCGCCUUCGCCGUGUUUGACGACCUGGACUGCAGCCUGCUGGAGAUGAACCCAUGGACUCUGGACGCCUCCGGCCAGCCCUUCCCGCUGGACAUGCGCAUGGAGCUGGACGACACGGCGCGAUUCCGCAGUGCAGCCAAGUGGAACCUGCCGGCGGGGGAAGAUGGCGAGCCUCAGGAGCUGGAGUUCCCGCUUCCCUUCGGCCGCCAGCUGAGCCCCGCGGAGGCGGCCGUGGCGGCCCUGGACGAGGCCACCGGCGCCUCCCUCAAACUCAGCAUCCUCAACCCGACCGGCAGGGUGUGGCUGAUGGUGGCGGGCGGGGGCGCCUCCGUCAUAUACACCGACACUAUCGCCGACCUGGGCUUUGCACAGGAGCUGGGUAACUACGGCGAGUACAGCGGCGCCCCCACCACCGCCGAGACCGCCGCCUACGCGCGCACGCUGCUGGACGCAGCCACCGCCGCCCCGGACGGGCGGGGUCGCGCGCUGCUGAUCGGGGGCGGCAUCGCCAACUUCACGGACGUGGCGGCCACCUUUGCGGGCAUCAUACAGGCUUUGAGGGAGAAGGCGGCGGCGCUGAGGGCUGCCAAGGUACGCAUCUUCGUGCGCCGCGGCGGCCCCAACUACCAGGCGGGUCUGGCGCUGAUGCGGGAGCUGGGUCCGCAGCUGGGGCUGCCCCACCCGGUGGCGGUGUACGGCCCCGAGGCCAGCAUGACGGGCAUCUGCAAGGAGGCGGUGGAGUGGCUGAGGGGGGAGGCGUGAGUGGGUGGGUGAGAGGAGUGAGGAGCGGGGGGCCAGGGGGCCGCGGGAGGGAGGUGGGGUGAAGGAGCGGUACAAGGUGAGGUGGCAAAGGGGGCGUUGCAGCCGCACCAUGGAUGGUUGCUGUUGGAAUAGCACGCUGCUGCGUAGCGCUCGGCAGCAUGGGGUCGUUGUUUUGUUGGUCGGUGGCACAAGAUGCCGUAGCGCGGCAGUGUUGGCUGUUUUAAGCGUUGACUGUUUGUUGUGGUAGCAGCAUGAAUGGGGCAAUGAGGCAAUUGCGGAAAGGUCAACCGACGAGAAAAAAGCCAGUGCAUAGUGUAACUUCCAACAUCCAUUUGACCACUAGCUCGUUUGCAUCUUCGAACUGGAAAGGACCUGAUGAUGAUGAUGAUGACGAUACGUAUUUGGUGCUAAGGAGGGUUGAACGGCGCUACUUGUAGUACAAAACUAUGUACCGUGUAAGAUACCGUAACUUGCCGUACCACGAUUAUGUGUGUACACUAUUGCUUGUUGGACACCUCUGCAGGGGGCGGGCCGUCUCGAGGGCCGUGUUGGUUUGUGGUUGGUGUGUGCCGGCAGGACAGGGUUUAGGCAGAGGAGGCGCGUCCUUGUGCCCACUUUAUUUUGAGCCGCAUAACGGGUAAUGGUAAUGGGUGGGUGAUUGGUGGAUAGGUAGGGCUCGCAUGGCGUGGGGCAGUUGCUGCAGCGAGGGUCGAAUAUGGCUCGAUGCGUUUAGGGCGCGUUUGGGGUAGUUUGGGGUGUCAUGGGGGGAAUGCCUUUCGCGGAUCGCUCGUAUGGAGCCGUAUGUAACCUGGCGUUACACCUGGCGAAGUUUUGUAAUGUAACCGUACCUUUUUUA